GCCAGCAGAGAAUGAAACUUUACGAUCUGAUCGUGAGCGGCUCCUACACCCCCCAGACGGUGCCCACGGGGACGGGAAAAACGGCGGGGGAGCGCGGGGACACGCCCCCCCCGGCCGAGCCCCCCCGGCGCCGCCCCUCGGCCGAGUUCGCCCCUCCCCCCCCCGGCCCCGCCCCCGGGAACGGCCCCGCCCCCGAGGGGGGGGGAGGGGCGGGGGGGGGGAGGGGCGGGGGGAGCGUUCGGGGCCUUCGCCCCUCCCCCCCCGGGCCCCCCCUUCGGGACCCCCGCGGGGUACAGCCCCCCGGGGUGCCGGGGGGGUCCCUGGGGGGGUCCCUGGGGGGGUCCCCGCGGCCGGGGGGGCCCGUGGAGGGGGUGCUGGCGGCGCUGGUGCAGGAGAUGAAGGCGACGAUGCAGCGCGACCUCAACAGGAAGAUGGUGGAGAACGUGGCGUUCCGCGCCUUUGACGCCUGGUGGGAGCGCAAGGAGGAGCAGGUCAAGCCGUUCCAGUCGGGCCGGGGCCGGGACGAGGCCCCCGAGCGGGCGAGGCCGAAGGAGCCGCCCCCCGCCCUCCUCUCCCUCGUGGACUGGGCCCGGGGGGGCGGCUCGGGGCUGCGGGGGGCCCUCAGGCUCCCCUCCUUCAAGGUGAAAAGGAAAGAGCCCUCGGAGCUCGGCGAGGGCGCGGAGGAGAAACGGCCCCGGCCCCCGACCCCCCCCGAGGAGGAUGAGGAUGACAAGGAGCCGCCCCGCGCCGAGGCCGGGAAGCGCCGGAAGCUUUUCCGUCUGGACAGCGAGGGGGAGGAGGCGUCCGAGGAGUCCUCCUCGGCCAAGGAGGAGGAGGAGGAGGAGGAGAACGAGGCCGAAGCCGCGCAGAGGAGGAGGAGGAGGAGGGGGGGGAAGGGGGAGGCGCCCCCGCCCCCCCAGAGCCGCCGGGACGGGGAGAGGAGAGGGGGAGCCCCCCGGAGGGAAGAAGAAGAAGAAGAGGAGGAGGAGGAAGAAGAGGAAGAGGAGGAGGCCGAAGGCAGCGAAGGCUCCUCCAAGUUCUCCCUGUACGAGGGGGGCGGCGGGGGCAGCGCCUCCAGCAGCUCCUCCUCACGCCCCCCAUCCUCCUCCUCCUCAUCCUCGUCUUCAUCCUCCUCCUCUUCCUCCUCCUCCUCCUCCUCUUCCUCCGAGGACGAGGCCGAAGAGCCCCUGGAGCCGCCCCGGCCGCCCUCGCCCAAGCCAGGGACCCCCCCCGCCCUCCCCCCCCGCCCCCCCCCUCAGCCCCUCCCCCCCCUCCCCGGGCAGUGUCCAACCUGCCGGCCGACCACGCCUCGCUGGUCAAGAGCUGGGGGGACGACCCCGGUGCGGGGGGGGGCGCCCCCCGCCGCCGCCCGCGCCCCCGCCGAGCACCUGGGGGCGUCCUCGCUGCUGGAGCUGGCGCGGGGGGCUCCGGGUGGCGGUGUCACCGCGCCCCGGCCCGGCGGGGACCUGGCGGUGCUGGCGGCCAUCGCCCUCACGCGCGGCAGCGACGCCGACUCCGAGGAAGAUGAGGAGGAGGAGGAGGCGCCCCCAUCACCCCGCGAGCCCCCGGUGCUGCUGGAGCACAACUACGCCAUGCCGGCGCGCGCCGGGCCCCCCAAAGCGCCGCCACCGCCGCCAGCGCUGUGCCUGGAGCCCGGCGCCGCCGAGGUGCUGGAGGCGCCCGAGGAGGUGGUGGCCGAGCUGCCCCCGCCGGGCGUCACCGACAGGGAGCCGGGGGUCACCACAGCGGCGCAGCCCCCGCGGCGUAAACGGCACCGGCCGCCGCCGCCCUCGUCCUCGAGCGACAGCGAUGACGACGACAGCGACAGCAGCGAUGAUGACGAUGAUGAUUAUGAUGAUGAUGAUGAUGGCGGCGCCCAACGCUGGCUGCGCCCCCGUGGGGUCCCCCCCGUGGUGUCAUCACCCCCCGGGUCGCCCCCGGCGGCGUUCGCGCCGCGCAGCGAGUUCGAGCAGAUGACGAUCCUGUACGACAUCUGGAGCGCGGGGCUGGACGCCGAGGACGCGCGGUUCCUGCGCCUCACCUACGAGAGGCUGCUGCAGCAGGACGGGGCCGCGCACUGGCUCAACGACACGCACUGGGUGCACCACACCGUGACGAGGACGAGCAGCCCGCGGCGCCGGCGCCGGUGGCCGGAGCGCCGGGAGCACCGGACGGGCAGCGCCCGCAGCGAGGGCUACUACCCCAUCAGCCGGCGCGAGAAGGCGCGGUACCUGCGGCCCUGCCCCGCGCCGCGCCCCGACCCCGACGCCCCCGACACCCAGGGUCCCAACCGGGUGCUGUCGGAGCGGCGCUCGGAGCAGCGGCGCCUGCUCAGCGCCAUCGGCUCGGCCGCGCUGCCGGACAGCGACCUGCUCAAGCUGAACCAGCUCAAGUUCCGGAAGAAGCGGCUCCGGUUCGGCCGCAGCCGCAUCCACGAGUGGGGCCUGUUCGCCAUGGAGCCGAUCGCCGCCGACGAGAUGGUCAUCGAGUACGUGGGGCAGAACAUCCGCCAGGUGGUGGCCGACAUGCGUGAGAAGCGCUACGCCCAGGAGGGCAUCGGCAGCAGUUACCUGUUCCGCGUGGACCACGACACCAUCAUCGACGCCACCAAGUGCGGCAACCUGGCGCGCUUCAUCAACCACUGCUGCACGCCCAACUGCUACGCCAAGGUCAUCACCAUCGAGGCGCAGAAGAAAAUCGUCAUCUACUCGAAGCAGGCGAUCGGCGUCAACGAGGAGAUCACCUACGACUACAAGUUCCCCAUCGAGGACACCAAGAUCCCCUGCCUGUGCCGCACCGAGAGCUGCCGCGGCACGCUCAACUAGCCGCGCCGGCCGGCUGCCGGGGAGGGGAGGGAGGGCAGCUCAGGUCGCUCCAGGGUGACUUGGACGGCCACAGUUGGAGCUUUGGUCGGCGUUCGGUGUGAGAGGGCCAGCGCUGGCACGAGGACGCGUUUGGCCACCAGGGUUGGUGUUUGGCCACCAAGGGUUGGUGUCUGGCCACCAGGGUUGACCUGAGGACCACCCCUGACACGAGGGCAUCGGCUUUUGGCCACCGGGGCCGACGUGUGGCCG